AUGGUUUCCAAAUUUCAUUAUUCUCUUUCCAAACUGCCUAAGACUCCUAGACACACACCUCGACCGAACUCACCCCCCCCCCCCCCCUCACCAACACCCUAUCCCACCCCCGCCAUCUACCAGCACCCCCACCAGCACCCCAACCAGCACCCCCACCAGCACCCCAACCAGCACCCCAACCAGCACCCCCACCAGCACCCCCACCAGCACCCCAACCAGCACCCCCACCAGCACCCCAACCAGCACCCCAACCAGCACCCCCACCAGCACCCCCACCAGCACCCCAACCAGCACCCCCACCAGCACCCCCACCAGCACCCCAACAGCACCCCCACCAGCACCCCCACCAGCAUCCCCACCAGCACCCCCACCAGCACCCCCACCAGCACCCCAACAGCACCCCCACCAGCACCCCCAACAGCAUCCCCACCAGCACCCCCACCAGCACCCCCACCAGCACCCCAACCAGCACCCCCACCAGCACCCCCACCAGCACCCCCACCAGCACCCCCACCAGCAUCCCCACCAGCACCCCCACCAGCACCCCAACAGCAUCCCCCAGCCUAG